GCAGGCAGGCAGGCAGGCAGGCAGGCAGGCAGGAACGCAGGCAGACAGACGGGCGGACGGACGAACAGGGGGGACCAGGUGGGGGUACACCGAGCGGCGCACAGUCGUAUCUGGCCGCGUGGGGCACCGCCAGCGAACGGCGGCGUCCCUCAGUACAGCGCGUAAUAGUGUGGUGCGUCAACGUCGAAGGAGACGGACCGCGGACGUCACGGCCAUUCGGGUGCGCGUGAGCCAUGGAUUGAGCGACGAUGAGGUUGGCGCAGGUGCUGCAGGUGCUCGCGCUGCUCGCGGCGGCGAGCGCGCGCGACAACCAGGCAGCCGCUGGCGCGCGCGUCGACUACGAUAGGACCGAUGGCGAAGAGCGCGUGAAGGUGGCCAAGUGCUGCGAGGAGGCGGAGCUGUUCGUUGACGGCUUCUGUGUGCCUGUCAAGGAGGCCAACCAAUCGCAGCCCUGGCGGCCGGAGUUCGAGAGCGAGGACGCCUUCUACCCGGGCCUCAGCGGCCACGCGGCCGCCAGGCCCGAGGCGCAGCAGCCCAGCUACGAGCUCAAGUUCGGGCAGCCGCCCUGCCGCAGUAACCAGAUGGCCUGGGACGUGUACUCGGACCCCAGCGGCGGCAGCGACACCCUCGUCAUGCUCGCCAGCGGCAAGCUCAGGCACUACGUGUCCGACCAGGCCGACGAGGUGCAGAAGGCCAAGGAGCUCUACGGCACCGAUUACAUGGACUCGGACGACGACGUGCAGGCCAGGGCCAUUCACUACGACUACCCCUACGGGCACUACUGCGCCGACAAGGCCAUCCUGCCCAACAACAAGGUGGGCACCUACGCCAAGAUCUGUGUGCCGCAGCCCGUCAAGUGGGCCAACGCCGACAACCUCAUUAGGAAGGCAGUCGACCCGGCCUUCCACGCGGUCGCCAUCGUCAGCUACCUCACCGUUGCCAUCGUUUACUUCGUGCUGCCGCAGCUUCGGGACCUCGUGGGCAACAUCAUCACCAGCAUGACUUUGUGCUUGAUCGUCAACCAGUGCGCCUCGCUGACAACCAUCUUUACCGAGUUCGGCAACCACAUCAACUUCCUCGUGGCAGACUCGCUGAUGUUCAUCAGCCAGGUGGCAGCGUUCUUCUGGCUGAACGCGCUGGGCUACUACGUCUGGUACACCUUCCGCUCGAGGAACGUCUUCCUGAGAAGCAGCGACGGGCGCAAGUAUUGCUGCUACUCGACCUGCGUGUGGUGUGCCACGGUAGCCAUCGCCGUGACUGCCAUCUUCGCGCACCUCACCCUCGAGACCAACGUGCCGAAGGUAGGUGGCGUGGCGUUCACCGCUCAAGAGACCAUUGGCUGGUUGGGACUCUCCAUGCUAUUCACCUCCGUGGGCUUCACCAUCAUCAUCGACUUAUGCUACGUGUUCACCACCAUCAACAAGAUCAAGCGGAUACGCACUUACGGCAGGAUACAUCACAAGAUGAAGUACAGCUUCAGAAUGUUCAUACUGAUUUUCGGGAUAAUGAGCCUCGGUUGGAUAUCAACGCUCUUGUCGAUGCUCAAGUACGACGGUCUGGUCUACUGUCAUAUCGUAGUCAAUGUGAUUCAGGCACUCUCGAUACUUUACGUGUGCGUUUUCGGCCAGAAGAGGGUCACCUUUCUACUCGGGAAGACGUGCAAUUGCUGUAUCUCCAGUGACAAUUCCGAGGGCUUGGAUUGGGGCGAGGAGAUGACGGCUAUCAACGCCGGAUAUUAACUACUUAAUCAAAUCCGCGCCACUAACUAUCAGAUAUUCUAUUUAAAAAGUAUUUUAUUUGGAAAAUUUAUGACGAAUCUUAUGUCACAAAUGCCUUAUAUGAAGAAAAUAUAUGUAUAUGAGCUUGUAUUUAAAUCAGAUAUGAAACUGUGAAUCUAUCAACCAGUAUUUUGAAUUCCAAUGAGGAAAAAUAACUAUGUAUAUUGCCAUUUCAAUUAUUUAUGAAUCUCAUUUAUCCAAAUGCUUUUGAUAUUGACGCAAGUGACCUUACAAAUUGACACUUUAUGGCAUUUAAAUAUAUUUUGUUUAAUGCCCUAAAUUAUUGUAAUAUUUAGUUAUAAGUUAUCUUUAAGUAUAGCUUUUAAUAUUUAUACCAUUUGAAAGAAAUGAUUUUUGUAUAACUCUGUUUUAAAAAAUAAACAAGGUUGAAAAACACUGACCUGUCCAAAUAAUCCA